AUGGACGCAGAGAUUGCUGAGAGGGUAGGGAAAUGUCAGGCUUGCCAAGAAUCCAGACCUCUACCCCCAACGGCCCCAGUCAGAGAAUGGGAAAAGCCCCAAGGGCCCUGGUCAAGAAUCCACAUUGAUUUUGCUGGCCCCUUUCACGGCCAAACAUUCCUAAUAGUUGUGGAUGCAUUUUCUAAAUGGUUGGAGGUCAUACUUAUGAAAUCCACUACGGCCGAAGCGGUAAUCGCAACCCUGCGCCACCUGUUCGCAACUCACGGAUUGCCGGACAUUCUGGUGUCCGACAAUGGGCCUCAAUUCACGGCAGCCCAGUUUGAAGAAUACCUGGCAGAGGAAGGCAUCCGACAUGCCCUCUCUGCGCCUUUUCACCCUGCGUCGAAUGGCCUUGCAGAGCGUUCCGUCCGGAGCGCUAAGGAGGCAUUGUCCAGGCUAAAGCCAGGUGACUGGCAAACAAAAAUAGACUUUUUCCUAGCCAUCCAGCACAGAACCCCAAGCACGGCCACCGGGAAAAGCCCAGCCGAAUUGCUAAUGGGACGGAAACUCCGGUGCCCACUGGACCGUUUGAAUCCCCAUUACACACCAGAGGGUUACAAGGGAAAACUAGAAAAGACCAGGGAAAUGAGCAUAGGCGACCCGGUGUGGGCUCGAAACUAUGGGGACGGCCCUAGUUGGCUCACAGGACAAAUAAUUAAAGUAACUGGCCCAAAAUCAUACGUGGUAGAGCUACCCGACAACAGAGUGUGGAGGCGCCACGUAGAUCAGUUAAGGAAACGAAUAACCGACCAAACUGAACCAAACGAAACAUAUCAUGAGCAAUACCAAUUUGAUUCCACAGCCAACAAUGACCCGGGGGAGGCGCAAGACUUAGCUGAGAUCCCAGAGUUCCAGCGACGCCAUCAGGUUCCCGAGGGAAGCGGCAGGGAAAUUGAAAAAAGUAAUCCAAGGCCCGAUGGCCAAGAAAAAGAGUCGGCCAAUAAUCCGGAGCCCGUUGGCCCAGAGAAGGUGCUAGGAGGAGAAAACAGCCCCUCCGACCAGCUCAAAACACCACCCAGAACUGAACCGCGCAGGUCAGAAAGGACUAGGAGACGCCCAGGUUAUUUGCGUGACUACGUCGAAAAAUAACAUGUAAAUAUUUAUGUAAAUAGAGGCAAAGUGUUUUCUGGGAGGGGAGGAGUGUUAUGUAUUAGUGUUGUACCUUUAAAUAUUUGAGCGGGAAAUCAGCACGUUGCUGAUUGGU